GAAAAUGGGUGUUUUUUCACCCAUUAAUGGGUUUUCGCAAACGACUCUGCAGAGUAGUUUUCAACGAGCGUGAUAGCACUGCCGCAUCGACGGUGCCAGGAUUGCGUGACGAAAGCAGAAUGCAAAAAUAUAAAAACAAACAAAACAAAAAUAAUCGAUCCUUAUUUAUUUGAAAGACAUAAUCACUCGUCGCACUGCUCCUUGCGCUCCUUGUGCUUGCAGCCAAAAAUCAGUGCAAAAAAUAAUCCAAGAUGCCUGGAAAAGUGAAAGUUAAAGUUCUGGCGGGAAGAAACUUGCCGGUAAUGGAUAGAGGCAGUGACACUACCGAUGCUUUCGUCGAAAUUAAGUUCGGCUCCAUCACGCACAAAACGGACGUCUGCAGGAAAAGCCUCAACCCAGUUUGGAACUCCGAUUGGUAUCGAUUUGAGGUGGACGAUGCCGAUCUUCAGGAUGAGCCGCUGCAAAUUCGCCUCAUGGACUAUGACACAUAUUCUGCCAACGAUGCCAUUGGGAAGGUGUACAUAAAUUUAAGUCCAUUACUGCAUUCCUUUACUCUGGAAAAGCCAACACAAAGCAAUACGGGUAAAGGUUCGGUUAUGUCCGGUUGGAUUCCGGUCUACGAUACCAUGAAUGGUGUACGGGGAGAAGUGAAUGUGAUUGUCAAAGUUGAUUUGUUCACCGAUUUUAACAAAUUUCGACAGAGUUCUUGCGGAGUUCGCUUUUUUCAUUCCCCGGUUAUUCCUCAUGGAUAUAAUGCGCAAGUGAUACAUGGUUUUGUAGAGGAACUUGUUGUGAAUGAUGAUCCAGAAUAUCAGUGGAUCGAUAAAAUUCGGACACCUCGGGCUUCCAAUGAAGCUAGGCAGAUAGCUUUCAUGAAAUUAUCGGGACAAGUCCAACGGAAGAUUGGAUUAAAAGCUAUUGAGUUAGGGGCGAAUGCAGUAAUAGGGUAUGCACAAUGCUUCGAUUUGGAAGGAGAUGUAGGUGUGGUGGCUCGAGGCAUUGGAACAGCAGUCACACUGGUAAAAAUGCAUGACAAUUACUCUCAUCAAGUUGUCGAUACUACUCUAGUGGAAGAGAACGAACCACUAAGUCAGAAUUUGUCCAUUGCAAAUGGAGCAAAGCACAGUCGCGAACUAGCUGAUGCUGCCGGAGCUCGUGUGUCUCAAAGUCCUGCAAAAGCUGGAACUCCUGGUUCUGCGGUAGUGAUCAUCAAAGAUCACAACUCGAGCAGUGCGAUUCACAGACGAUCUUCUGAUUCCGAUCUUAGUAUUACUCCUAAAGGAAGCUCUCUCACGUCCAACGAUCGUUAUUUUGGUAUCGGAUCAAGAGGUCAACCAACCAGUAUAUUGAUUAAACCAUUGAACCAUGACGCACUGGAACUGCUUGAGUAUCCAUUCCUAACUAUUAGCAAGGUACCACCAGCUUUCGUGCUGCAUUUAGGUGCCACGGUUUCCGCCCGAUCAGUGAAAUUACUAGCACGUGUGCCCAAUCCCGACGAUCCAGAAACUCGCGAUAUGUGGUGGAACGAAAUCCGCAUGGAAAUUCGUUCCCAUGCUCGUGCGAUCGGCUGCAACAUGGUGUUGGGAUACACAGAGACCACUACAAUUUCCGAGGACGUAUGUGUAUUGUCGGCCAUUGGCACAGCUGCAGUGAUAAAUUUGCAGCACGGCGAACCAUCGGCAACUGACAGUGUUAGAUUGCAUGGAUCAUCUCUGAAUAAAGAAAUCAUGACAUCUUCUAUGGAUGGCCAGGAGUUAGAAAAAGACUUGAAUCCUACUUCAGACCUAAGCUCUUCAACAAAAUGCGCAGACAUCGCCGACAACCAAAAAAGUUUCGAGACCGAUGGGGUUGAUACCAGUGCAGAUACUCGAAUACUUAAAGACGCGUUGGAUUCUACAAACAAAACUUCUGCGCCACAAGCAAUCGGAAAUCAGUGUGGUAUAUGCCAUAUUCCAUACUCUCACACAUCCAUACCGUUUAGGAUUAAUACGAUGAAGUGCGCAAUAUGCAAGAAUGGCUGUGUACCUGAUGUUCUAUUAUGUACUAUAGAAAUUCCAGAGGGACUUCAGGUCGAUGGUCGCGGAAUACUUAUUCAGGCACACGCCUGCAGAUCAAAACGGGAUCUAAAAGGAGAAUCAAAUGCAAAGGAGAUGUCUGAUGCAUUACCUUUUCUUGAAAUAGAACUGCAUAAAUUACUGAUUAAUAAGCUAAAAAUGAAAGGAAUGAAUGCCAUAUUUGGUUUGAAAACAUCGGUAGCUGUUGGUGAGCGUAUGAUGGCACUAGUGGCCACAGGCACUGCCGUUUAUCUACCGGCCUUGUCACAACCAGCGCUGCCCAAAAUUGUGGCUGGAAAUUCAUGGGCAGAUUCUGACAAACUCGUAGAGCUACAAAAAUCAAUCCAAGAGACGGUCGACCGGAAUAGAGAGUAUUGCCAGCUUAAGCCUCUCAAUGAAUUUAUUAACAACAAAUCGUUGGCACAACCGGAUGAUUCCGAUGACUCCGAGGAAGAAAUGGUGGAUCUAGAUUUGACCUAUGGCAAUAAGGAGACAUGUGUUUUAGAGGUAGAUGACAUUCAUGACUUGGAAAUUAUAUCGCUACUUAUGGAACCAUGUCCCCCGGACGGUUUUGAUGUUGUUAAUACACAAGUAGUACCAGGCCUACACGAUGUAGAAGUAGUGCGGAAUCUACAAAUGUUCACGCAGGUUUGGCGAGCAAAACUACCAACAAGUCAACCGAAUAUAAGUUUUUCCAAACACUAUCAGCGACUGUUACAAGCCAUAUACUUUAAAUUAAGAGCAAUGGUACCAUGUGCAAUAUGUGACUUACGCUUUAAACUAGAUCUUCCAGAAAAUGACGAAAUUCAACUGCUGGUGACGGGAAUGGCACUUGGGCUUGGUGAACCAUUCAAGCAUACCACGUUAAAAGGAAAACAUUUGACGAAUUCCAUUGUCAAAGAUCAAAUCAAACGCAUUGACGAUGAUUUGAUUUUCAACUUGGAAGAUGAUAAUGUACCUCAGGGCAAUAAUCCGCAGCAAAAUACGGUUACAUCACAGUUUGGACAGUCUGGGUCCAUCAAAUAUCGACGGAGAUCCCCCUGUCGUGGACGGUAUGGAUCAGGACGACUCGCCAGACAUAUGCCGUUAAAGGAACGCUAUGGCGUCGACAUCACACCUCUCAGCUAUGUUCCGGGUGGACGUAUAGAGAAAUAUUUAGGAAAUUUAGACUUUUUCUUUAUAAGAGAAUGCACCGCAGUGAAAGAAAACGGCGGACUGAGUGGAUUUGUACACAGCUUCAUUACGGAGGUCCUAGCGGUGGUGCGAGCACAUGUUACAUCCCUUGGUGGUAAUGCAAUGGUAUCGUUUUACAUGACAGAACUAGUAUUAGUGGACAAUUUGCAUAAAAAUCAGGGUCAAUGCUUGAUGAGUGCCGGUGGAGAUGUGGUAUUCGUUUCUUAUUAUAGAGAUGACUGAUAGCGCCAUCUACAAGUGAUGAGUAUGAUAGACAUAUGAAAGUGCAAUAAACGAACUGUUCAAAGUUUGGAUGGAAUUUAGUGCAUUUUUAUAACAGUGAUUCCAGUAAAUGCAAGUGUUCGUAAUAAAAUGUUGAUGUUUUGUUCAAAAUUGAAACACUGUCAAAUCAUAGAAUCGUUUAUAGUUAAAGCACAGUUCCUCGGGGUUUGAUAAAAAAAAACUCGUUCCAAUAGAGAAAAUCCACGAAAGUAUGACGGUUGAUUAAGCUUAUAUAAUCAUAUGAUAAAGGACGGAGUGAUAAACUAAAAUGAUGAUGAUAAUGAUGAUAAAAGUGUACCCACCAUCAGCGUAAGGAUUGCCUAUGGCUGCAGAUUAGUUCCGGACGGGAAUUAUGUACCUAAUGGUUCUUUGUAGUAGGGUGAAUUAAAAUCGCUGAACUCUUUCGGUAGUCAACAUAAAGUUGCUAUCUCAUGACAAAAGUCUGGCUACUCCACGAAUUUGAGUACAUCAGUUCAUUGAACUCCCUCAGGCUAUCCCUCCGUGGGUGUGUACACUCCGCAAUAUUAAAAUUGAAAUCGUACAAUGUAGACGAAGGGAUGAACUGAGAUAGCCAAAAACAAUGAAUGCAAUUUUCUACUUAAAAUAGUGUAACUUAUUGAUUAGGGAAUAACUACAUAUAGCGUCACAUGUUGCAAUAUCAUAUCGUAAUAGCGCACUUAAUUCCCCAUGUCAAUAACGAACUGCAAAAUAAAAUAAAUAUUCACUAUA